AUGUACCUCCCGCGGCAAUUGAUCUCUAAGCUCUACGUCCACCUUCAGCAAACAAGACACCCACUCUCCCCACCAGUACUUAUUCUCGUCGCCCUCGAACCCGAUGCUCUUUGUGCUUGCAGGAUCCUAACCCGGCUACUGAAACAUGACUAUAUUCCCCACAAAAUACAGCCUGUUGCUGGUUAUACAGAUCUUGAGAAGGCUGGCCGAGAAUUGGUCGUGCCUAUGAUGGAGUCACAGGGAGGUAGUGGUGGUGUUGUCGUAUGCCUUGGUGUUGGGGGCAUGGUUGAUCUGGGGCCACUCCUUGGUCUUGAGCCUGAAGGUGGCGACCAGCCAUACAGUGGUGUCGAGGUUUGGGUCAUGGACGCUCAUCGGCCAUGGAACCUUGGCAACGUUUUUGGCGGGUUUCCUCUCGACCCCGAAACGGAGGUCUCAUCGUCAUAUCAGUCGAGGUGCCCUACUGGUGUCAACGGUGGUAUGAUUGAAUCGGCAUUUAAACCUGGUAAGGGUGGCAUUGUUGUCUUUGAUGACGGUGAUAUUGUCGACGAUAUGCAAACUGAGCGCAACGCGUAUCUUGAAUUGAUGGAGAUGCCCGAAAUUGACGACGAUGGUGAGGACUUGGGGGACACCGAUGAUGAGGACGACGACGAAAAUCCAAACGAUGCCAUCCAAGAGCCCGCUCGUGUAGGUCAGAAGCGAAAAAGCUGGUCAGAUGCAGAGGACGAGAGCGACGAUGAUAGGCCCCACCAACGGCGAAGGAGUAACUCAUCUAGCUCUAUCGCUGAAUCACCUCGGCGCCCACAGCAAAGAGGUCUCAUAUCAAUGCGACAGCCCGAUCUUGGUCUGUCAAGCGAUGCUAUCGAGCCCCCCUCCGGAGCACAGUUGCCUGCAGGGCCGUCACUCCGCGCACAAAGGAGACAACUCCUACGGUUACGACAAAAGCACGAGGCCAUUCUCCACCAAUAUUACAAAGUUGGAUCUUCUUUCUCAGAACCGUUAUCAUCGAUGAUGUAUUCGCUUGCCUCUGAUCUUGGUAGAGCAGACAAUGACCUUCUAUGGCUAUCUAUAGUUGGAGUCACAUCUAUGGAACUCUAUGGCCGUUCAUCGGCGGGUAUUGCUGCGCCUGUCCGACAGAGCGACAAGAGCCGCCCAACAGGUUGGUUGGGCGCCCGAGGAGCUAGAAUACGCCAAGAGUUCCGUGAUGAAGUCAGGCGGCUGAACCCCCCGGAACUUGCGAAUGGGCGUGUUGCUGCAGAAAAUACAGGCGUCAUUCCCACUACCGCGAGGAACCCUGAAGACACCGGAAUUCGGCUGUCCCCUGAGCCCAGAUUUUUGUUGAUCAGGCACUGGAGCCUCUACGACAGUAUGCUGCACUCACCAUAUCUCUUUUCUCGCCUCAAGACUUGGAGUGAAGCAGGAAUCAAGCGACUUCACAAAUUACUUGCAAAGAUGGGGGUCAGCCUAGCACAGUGCAAGCAGAGCUAUACUCACAUGGACAUGAUGCUGAAACGUGAGUUAAGGGCAAAGUUGUUGAAAUACGGCUCACUUUACAACCUUGACGAGAUGGUACCGUCCGUCGAUACGGAUGGUAAAGACCGUGCUGGCGCGAAGGACGGGUGGGGGUUUGUCCGAAGUUGGGGAUGGCGAGCAACGCUGAGUGCCCAGGAUGUGGGAGUUGUUAUCGGUGCGCUGCUAGAAGUUGGGAAACAUGUUCAGAAUCCAGACCCCGCCGUAACAGCGAGCCAAGCUGGUCGAGACGCAGAAGAAGAGGCCGAGUUUGUAGCUCAGGGCGAAGAAUGGAUUGUGCGGUUCUGGGAGGCAUAUGACGCGCUUGAAAAUAUCGACGCGCUGAAGGCCGGUCUUCCUACUGCUCAGUUCCUCCACCGCGCCAUCUAUCGGACAGGAACAUCUCUUAUCAACAAAAAGCAAAUCAAGCAUCUUCGUGCAUUUCGCAUGUGUGUGGUCAAGGAAGGCCCUGACGUGUCAUUGUUCACUCAUCCCGCAGCGCUGACCAAAUUAUCACUCUGGGUAGGCGAAGCCCUUGCUGAACAAGAGAGGGAAACGCAUGGGAAACUGUCGCAUGGUGGUCGCGGUACACCCCUUGUCGUCGCAAGUCUGAACGAGAAAAGAGGCGUAUAUGUCGUCGUAGGCACUGGCGGCGGUGGCGGUCCAGAUACCACACUCCUUGACAGAGAAGCCGCCAAGAAACGGAAAGCCGAGAGAGAAGAAAAGCUCAAGAAGAAAGAAGAGUCACGUCUAGCGAAGCAGAAAAUACGAGAGGAUAAGCGUGCAGCCCGACGAGACGCGGGUGAUGAUGACGACGAACUGGAAACGGAAUCAGAGGACUCGGAUAGCUCAGACUCUGACGCGUCAGAUGACGAGGAUGUCGAGCAUGAGAAAGGCUACGGCCUCAACAAGUUUGGCAUCGCUUUUCAAGAGGUAGUGGCAGAAACUAACACGCGGGUCCGAAUCGACAGUUUUGAGCAUUGCGUGGUAGAGGUGAAGAAGGAGGAUCUUGGUGGGUUUCUCGAGAGCUUGAGCAUGAAGGUUGUUGUUGGCUGA